UAAUCUCAACGGCCUCCCGCAGGGCUAUAAGAGGAGACUGGCCUCGGGGCAGGCAGCCUCACCAUGCCCCGCAGCCACUGGCCCGCCCACCUUGUCCUGGCCUCCAUCCUGCUGGCCCUGCUCCUGGGCGGUGCAGGCCAGGCGGCGCGCAUCGUGGGCGGUCGGGAGGCGCAGCCGCACUCCAGGCCCUACAUGGUCUCGCUGCAGUUGCAGCAGGCCGCGGGCAGCCACUUCUGCGGAGGCACCUUGAUCCAUCCGAGCUUCGUGCUGACGGCGGCCCACUGCCUGGCCGACAUCUCCUCCAACCUGGUGAGGGUGGUGCUGGGGGCGCACGACCUGCGGAGCGACGAGCCCAGCCAGCAGAAGUUUCGCAUCACCCGCGUCUUCAGCAACGACUACAACCCCGAGGAGUUUCUCAACGACGUCCUGCUCCUGCAGCUGGACCGCCCAGCCACCCUGAGCCCCGAGGUCGCGGUGGCCCAGCUGCCGCGGCAGAACCAGCAGCUGACCCAGGGCACCCAGUGCCUGGCCAUGGGCUGGGGCCGCCUGGGCACCAGCGCGCCUCAGCCGCGGGUGCUGCAAGAGCUCAACGUCACAGUGGUCACCUUCCUGUGCCGGCCUCACAACGUGUGCACGCUCGUGCCGCGGCGCAGCGCAGGCAUCUGCUUCGGUGACUCCGGGGGCCCCUUGGUGUGCGACGGCGUCCUGCAGGGCGUGGACUCCUUCGUGAUCCGGGAGUGCGCCACGCGCCAGUUCCCCGACUUCUUCGCCCGCGUCUCGCUCUACGUGGACUGGAUCCAGUCGGUGCUGCGCGGGCGGACGGCCCGCAGCCCCUGAGCAGCCCUGGGACCCCCGUGGCAAGCCUUUCUGGAAAGCGCCUUUGCUGAGCCCCGGCCUGACCCCGCCCCUGCCGCGGGACCCCCCCCCUCCCAGUCAGGCCCCGCACUGCCGGAUGGUGCCAAUAAAAGCUGAAACCCCGUCUGGCUCCUGUCUGUCCUUC